CCUUUAGUGCAGACCUUCCCUAAAUAUAUACAGAUCAUUGUGAACUUGUGACGGCUCACGAUUUUUACAAUCAGUAAUGAAAUGGUAAUAUAUCGUAUUCAGUUGUUUCGUUUCCUUUCGAGAGAAAUGAAAUAGCGCGAGUUAAAAAUACUGAGAGGGAAAAUAAAUAUGUCUAUCACGUGAUUGCAUCACUACCAAUGAAAACAGAACAAAUGACAUUAUGUGACGUCAUAACUAAUACUAAACUGGCCUUGAGAGCGGUGCAAGUGUACAAAGGUGUAUUCAACUCGAAGCCCGUGACAAUGUAUGUUCUCUUGGCUCUAAAUACCGUGCUGGUUUUGUACUUGAUGAAAGAUCACUGCAUAACUGCUACAACUUGCACGAAGGAUGUUGUUGUCAAUGUAACGGCUACUCUCAAGCCUGGCUGGAAAUACGAGAUCCAAAGUCCAGGUUUUCCAAGCAAUUACCAACCCAACCAAACUUGUACUUGGAAAGUGUUUUUCCCUGAAUAUGUGCAAGAGCUGCACGAAGAUUAUGGAAUGAUGUUGGUGUUCGACGCAUUGGAAAUAGAACCUUGUAGUGACUGUACUUGUGAUUGGUUGGGGGAUUCUGAUGAGAACAAUUACUCUAGUAAAAAAUGCAAACUGUACUCCAAAAAUGCCAUUGCCACUCUAAAAACUGGCUUAGAUAGCAUCUAUUCAAUGUCAAGGGAAUUUUGGCUACGAUUUCAUUCAGAUGAUUCUUCCGAAUUCAGAGGUUUCAAAGGAACAAUAACGGUAGUGAAUUAUGCAAGGGGAUCCCGAUCUUGUUUGCGUUCCAACAAUAUCAUCAACGAAACAAGCGGAACCAUUUCCAGCCCCAAGUAUCCAUUAAAAUACAUGCCAAGCCAGGAAAUCACGUGGUGCCUCGUUGUUCCAAAAGGAUUUCGAGUCAAACUCACCUUUAAGGCUUUUGAUCUGGAGAAUACUCGUACCAGUGAUAACGACUKCAGCAAGGACUACGUGGAAAUAAGAGAUGGGAAGCUUGCGCGGUUCGGUGAGUUGCUUGGUCGGUUCUGUGGUAGUACCAUUCCAGGCGAGAUCUUCUCCUUAUCCAAUCAGAUGUAUGUAUUGUUCGUGAGUGACAGCAAUACAACCACCGUCUACAAGGGCUUUAAAGCGAACUUUGGAAACAUUUUGGGGAAUGGUCAGUACAACAGCCUCACUCCUAUGCAGGGAACGUUUCAUCUCAUCUGUGAUAUUCAAGUCAAGCCUUCCUUCACGUAUUCUGUUUUAGUGAUGGUGGUUGUGAUCAUGAAGAAACUCCUUUAUGCUGGUUUUGUGCUUGGUGAAAGAUCACUAUACAACUGUUGCAGGUUGUGCAAAGAAUGCUGUCAAUGUAACGGCUUCUCUCGAACCUGGCUGGAAGUACGAGAUCCAAAGUCCACGUUUUCCAAGCAAUUACCAACCCAACCAAACUUGUACUUGGAGAGUGUUUUCCCUGAAUAUGUACAAGAGCUGCACAAACAUUACAGAAUGAAGUUGGUGUUCGACGCAUUGGAAAUAGAGCCUUGUAGUAACUGUGCUUGUGAUUGGUUGGCUUAUUCAAACAGCGAAAGUAAUUUACCAACAACCCUUAAGAACUAUUAUUAUAAAAUAUGUGCAUUUUACUCCAAAAAUGCCAUUGCAAUUUUAAAGGAAACUAACAAAUACAGCAAAAUUCUUUUCUUUUUAUGGUUAAGUGAAAGGGGAUUUUGGCUACAAUUUCGUUCAGAUGGUUCUUCUGAAUUCAAAGGUUUCAAAGGUAAAAUAACGGUAAUGAAUACAAGAGGAUCCAGUUAUUGUUUGGAUUCCAACAACAUCAUCAACGAAACAAGCGGAAGUAUUUCCAGCCCCAAGUACCCAUUAGUGUACUUGCCAAACCAGGAAAUGACGUGGUGCCUCGUUGUUCCCAAAGGAUAUCGAGUCAAACUCACCUUUAAGGCUUUUGAUCUGGAGAAUACUCGUACCAGUGAUAACGACUGCAGCAAGGACUACGUGGAAAUAAGAGAUGGAAAGCUCGGGUCGGACGGUGAGUUGCUUGGUCGGUUCUGUGGUAAUACCAUUCCAGGCGAAAUCUUCUCCUUAUCCAAUCAGAUGUAUGUAUUGUUCGUGAGUGACAGCAAUACAACCAGCGUCUACAAGGGCUUCAAAGCGAACUUUGAGAUGGAUGGUAACCAUGGUAACCAUCGGUCCCAUGCUCCCUCCCAUGCAGUUUCAGGUGAUAUUCAAGUCAAGCCUUCCUUCACAUAUUCUGCUUUAGUGAUGGUGGUUGUGAUCGUGAAGAAACUCCUUUUGUACAAAGGUGUAUUCAACUCGAAGCCCGUGACAAUGUAUGUUCUCUUGGCUCUAAAUACCGUGCUGGUUUUGUACUUGGUGAAAGAUCACUGUAUAACUGCUGCAAGUUGUCCAAAGGAUGCUGUCAAAGUAGCGGCUACACUUAAACCUGGCUGGAAAUACGAGAUACAAAGUCCAGGUUUUCCAAGCAAUUAUGAACUCAACCAAACUUGUACUUGGAAAGUAUUUUUUCCUGACUCUAUGGGGAAGCUGCGCAGUAGUUAUAGGAUGAUGUUGGUGUUCGACGCCUUGGAAAUAGAGCCUUGUACAGGCUGUGCUUGUGAUUGGUUGGCCUAUAAUUACAUCAAAAGUUAUUUACCAACAUCCUCUUAUAAAAAAUGCGGAUUGUACUCCAAAAACGCCAUUGCCAAACUAAAGGAAAAAGUAUCAAGCAAAAUUCCCAUCGAUUCAGAUUACAAUGAAGAAUUGCGGCUACAAUUUCAUUCAGAUGGUUCUUCCGAAUUCAAAGGUUUCAAAGGAAAAAUAACGGUUGUAAACGGAUUGGGAUCUAGUUGUUUGGAUUCCAACAACAUCAUCAACGAAACAAGCGGAACCAUUUCCAGCCCCAAGUACCCAUUAAAAUACAUGCCAAACCAGUUUAUGACGUGGUGCCUCAUUGUUCCCAAAGGAUCUCGAGUCAAACUCACCUUUAAGGCUUUUGAUCUGGAUCAUGGCCGUACCAGUGAUAACGACUGCAACAAUGAUUACGUGGAAAUAAGAGAUGGAAAGCUCGGGCGGGCCGGUGAGUUGCUUGGUCGGUUCUGUGGUAAUACCAUUCCUGGCGAGAUCUUCUCCAUAUCCAAUCAGAUGUAUGUAUUGUUCGUGAGUGAUUACAAUCCAAAAACCGUUUACAAGGGCUUCAAAGCGAACUUCCAGAUGAAUGUUUCAGGUGAUAUUCAAGUCAAGCCUUCCUUCACAUAUUCUGCUUUAGUGAUGGUGGUUGUGGUCGCGAAGAAACUCCUUUAUUAAGAACUGUCUAGUCUCUAGUUGACAAUCAUGAUAUAGAUUAACUAUGGAUUAAGAUACAAUGGCUGAAAUAUUAUUAGUUUAGAUAUAAAAACGACAAUUGAUAUAAAUAUUUUUAGGAUUAGAAAAUCACCACUUUUAUUUUACUGUCCUAGUUUCAGUGUCCUUGGGACUCUUGUGGACUUAAUUAUGAUAUAGAUUAACUAUAAAAUGAAACACAAUGGCUGAACAAUCAUUAGUUUAGAUAUAAGGAGGAAAAAUGAUGACAUAAAAAUAGUAUAAGACAAGAAAAUCACUACUUAUUUUAAAUUCAUUUUAUUUCAAAUCACUGCUUUAUUUUAAGAUUAGAAAAACCAUGUGUAUUAUUGGUAAAGCACGUAAAAACCAUGUGUCUUAUUAGUAAAGCACGUAAAUAUUACCAAAAAAGAGAGAUCCUUCUUAGCUUCUAUGCAGAUCUGUGAUAUUCAAAUUCGCUCAUGAUUGCGUUAAAACUGAAUAUAUGCUUAUCAUAUAAACUGAAAUGCGUUCGCGCACUCGUGAGAUAUCAAUGGAAGAUGCGUGUCUGCGCGUGUCAAUAUCCUGUAUAUAGUUUGCAGCUAGCGCAUAAUGCCAUCUUCACGUUCAAUAGUGUGUACAUCUCUUAUUUUGUAAACCCUUCUUAUUAUUGUUUAUAGACUUAAUAGCAAUCAUUCAUCCACAAUCCCUUGCUGACCUCACUGUUAAGCUGCUCUCCUAAAAAAAUUUAUGUGAGCAAAAAUUAAAUGUGGCGACAUACCACGUGAUGUUUGUAUGAAUUCAAGAACAAAGUAGGUUUAAAUUAUCAUCGAAACGYGUGACUUUGUGAAGGCAAACUGGAUAAAACUGAAAGGUUACAGCAAGACCUUUUUUCAUUACCUUGCUAUAAGUCACGUAGAGUA